UUGAACCCGCCACCCUCGGUAUAUGGGGCCGGCGCCCUACCGACUGAGCCACAGGCGCCGCCCUAUAAUAAUCUUAUAGAAAUGUAAAAACACAAUCAAAUUACAAUUGGUUGGGGGUGAGUAUGUCCCUGGAAAAAGGCCAAAGCACAUUAUUUAGGGCAAGAGGCUCCUGAACUUCAUUUACACCAUAUGGUGACCAGAGUGUAACCAAACAUACUGAUGCAGCGAGGGCUCCCUAUGGCAGAACUGGGGGCGUGGUGGGGCUGGGAGGGCUGGUUAGGAGAAGGGGUGGGCUCAGGACAGGAAGCAGCACAGGGGCACGGGGGCAGGGGGGACGACCCAGGCUGCUGUCCUUGCCCUGAAUGCACAGUCCUGCCAUGUCCCAGACAAGGACAAGGUGGGCAACGGAUGGGGCAGGAGGCACAGCAGCCGGGGGGUGAGAAGUUGUCCAGAUCUGGGCCAAGGGGUCUGGGUCUAGUCACUGCAUCCCUCACAACUGUGUCCACCAGCGAGUCACUGAACAUCCCCAAAUCUAGGUUAUCCAUCAUGCGGUGGUGAUAGUCCUAUAUCCCAGGAACGGGGGCUAUAUUGAAAGGGGGUGUUUGCACAUGGGAAACUCAUCUUAUGUGCCGGCUUCCAGCAGAGAGAGCCCCUAUCCUGGGGCUGCUGGGCUAGUGACUGGACGGGCCCAGGCACACUGGGGACAGCUCAAGGGAUGUCCCCCCUACUUAACACCCACGGCCCUCACUGUUUCCAGAAUUCAGCUGGGACCACACUCACCACACUGCUGCCCUCAAGGAACCGUCUGGGACAGGCUACAUCCUGACCAGGCAGGGCAUUUAUGAGCUGGACAACAUCACAGGCAAACAAAUAUCCCUAAUGACAACCUGGCCCAGCACUCACCAAUAAGGAAGGGGCAGCCCUGAGGCUGGGACAAUAGGGUGGGAGGGGUAUAAAAGCCCACAGCCCCAAGCACCCACACAUUCACUCACUCACACCUUCCCCAGUUCAACCCCAGCAUGGCCAUGUCCACCAUCUCUGUCUGCUCCAGCACUUGCACUGAGCCCUGGCAGGUGGAUGACUGCCCAGAGAGCUGCUGUGAGCCCCCCUGCUGCGCCCCCAGCUGCUGUGCCCCAACCCCCUGCCUGACCCUGGUCUGCAGCCCAGUGAGCUGUGUGUCCAGCCCCUGCCACCCAGUCUGCAACAGCUCCUGCCAGCCGUCUAGCUGCCAGCCGGCUUGCUGCACCCUGUCCCCCUGCCAGCAGGCCUGCUGUGUGCCUGUGAGCUGCAAGCCCUUCUGCUGUGUGCCCGUCUGCUCUGGGGAUUCCUCUUCAUGCUGCCAGCAGUCUAGCUGCCAGCCAGCUCACUGCACCCCGUCCCCCUUCCAGCAGGCCUGCUGUGUGCCCGUCUGCUCUGGGGAUUCCUCUGUGUGCUCCCAACAGUCUAGCUGUCAGGUGGCUUGCUGCACUCUCACCCUGUGCAAGCAGUCCUGCUGCACUCCUGUCUACUGCAAGCCUGUAUGUUGCAAGCCCACGUGCUGUGUACCUGUCUGCGUUGGGGCCACCCCCUGCCCGGCCCUCUCCUGCUGCCGGCCCAGCCCCUGCUCCUCCUCCUGCUGCAGACCCUCCUCCUGCGUGUCCCUCCUCGGCCGCCCUGUGUGCAGACCUGCCUGCUGUGUCCCCACCUCCUCCUGCCAGCCCAGCUGCCCCCGCCCAGCCUCCUGUGUGUCCCUCCUCUGCCACCCGGCCUGCUCCCACCCAGCCUGCUGAAGCCUCUUCUCAAGCCAGAGGUCCAGCUCUUGACGGGCAUGUUUCCAGGGCCCACUGGGCACCUGAGCCACCAUCCCUCCACUGCUGACCUCUCAGCUGUUUCAAUGUUGCCUUUUCCCCUCCAUGCUUGACAACCCCUCCACCCUCCCACCUCAUUCUGAGGGGCUCCCCAGCACCUCAAGAAGACCCUGCCCCCAUUUCUCCUGGGACUAUUUUUCACCAUCCAGGCUCAGUGGCCUCACUUCAGCUACUCCUGGGGCCCUCUCAGCCAGUGCUAGGACCGUGCUUGCUGCCCUGAUAAAUCCCUGCACACAUGCUGCUGUCCUCUGCGCUCUGGAUCAUCUCUGACUGAGCUGUGCUCCCAUCCUGCAGGAGGCUCGGAGCCCAUACACCCAUCCCUCGGAACACCUGUGCUGGCCUACGCUGUGCUGCAUCCCCACAGCACUUGUGCCAGAGCCAGAAGGGUCAACAUUAGCAGCCCCUCUCCCAGGAAUCCCUGCAAGUGGGUCCCAGAGGUAACAGCAGCAGGCACAACAGUGGGGCUGCCCAGUAGCCUGGGGUGGGGUCAGCCAGAGGAAGGGUCCCUCCCAGGAAACCCAGCCCCUCUGCCUUCACCUGGCCCAUCCUGGCUGCCCCAGCAUGUCCUGCUCCCUAGCCCUACAUCCACUCUGUCUGCAGCCUCUUGCUCAGGCCAUGAAUACCCUGAGUUUUUUCCAACACAGAAAAAUAAAUGAAACUGAACUCCAUCUCCCACACCCCUCCUGGCUCAGCAGCUGCCCUGAACCCCUGGAAACGGCUCUCAAAGACCCCACUUUAUACCCUGCUCCUUCCCCCAUCACAUGCCCUUCCUGCCACCUUGACCGCUGGCCAGGACCAUCACUGAUGCCAACCUCAGGUUCUCGCUGACUCUGGACACAGAGCUGACUCCCAGGCUCCAGGAUGGGGUCCUGUUCCCCUCCCACCUCCCAUCCCCUCUGUGCCUGUCAUGGACCAACUUUCUCCCACCACCCUGCUCUGGUUUGGGGCUCCCCCAGCCCGGAUGCCCCCCCAGGCACCGCACCUACUACAGCUGCAGAUGGCUGUGCCCCCUCUCUGAGGCUGAGCUCGCUCCCCUGCCACACCAUCCUCCCCGCCUGGGCAUCUCUGGGAUCUGUCCUGCCUCUUGCCACCCUCACAUCCCCAGUGAAAUGUGGUCUUUCUUUUUUUUUUUUGUAGAGACAGAGUCUCACUUUAUGGCCCUCAGGUAGAGAGCCGUGGCAUCACACAGCUCACAGCAACCUCCAACUCCUGGGCUUAAGCGAUUCUCUUGCCUCAGCCUCCCGAAGUUGGGACUACAGGCGCCCACCACAACACCUGGCUAUUUUUUUGUUGCAGUUCAGCCGGGGCCGGGUUUAAACCCACCACCCUCGGUAUAUGGGGCC